AAAACGAACAGAUUGGAUACAUUAAAAACACUGAUAUAGCAAGGUUGUUCAGACUCUUGCACUUGACGUCCCUCAACACACAUUUGGAUUUUAACAUUUUUUUUUUUUGGCCAAAUAAGCGAUGCCUGAAGAUGUCAUUGAAUUGUUCUAGAAUCUUCAUCAAAAUGUUGAUCCUGUCUCUUCUCUUGCCAGUUUUGGUUUUCUCAGUCAACUCACAAGCAGUGGCACCAGAUCAACAAGAUGUGGUUUCUCUUCCAGAGAGCAGUACAGGAGCACUGACAGCAACCAGAUACAUGUUGUCUUAUUGCAAACAUCACAUUAAAACGCUACAACUCAAUGGCAGCCUAAUUUUAGAGCUCAGCAACAAUGUGCUUGGUUCACGCCGGGAUGUUAGCUAUGAACACUGUGAACUAAAGGUUCGUGUGGAGUCCUCAAAACAUAUUUUACUCCAGUUCUUCAGACUUCAAAUAGCUGAUACACAUGGAACACCAGACAGAUUAAAAGUUUUUGACAAUCUACCAGAUAUGUCGGUACUUCUUACCCCUAAACAUGGGGCUUAUGGUUACUUCCCUGGCGGCAUCUAUCGUGGGGUUCGAGACUACAACUCAACAUACAACGAACUGAAACUGAAUUAUUUUGGACAACCAACACGAAACGCACCAGGGUUCAAAUUGUUACUGACACCCUAUAAAAGAGAAAUUGCUCGAAAUAAGUGUCCCGAAGGUUUUUUCCAUUGUUCCAUCCGACAUAUUUGUAUUGAUUCUUCUCUGGCAUGUGAUGGCUACCCAAACUGUGGCAGUAAAGAUGAAAGUGAUGAGGGAAAAUGCAGCUACUAUGCCGAGGCACAGAAGUCAACAUCAUUCUUCCAGGGACCAACUCUUCUGGUAUUUGUUGUCUGCGUUGUUGCCAUUAUAGUCUUUCUUGGAAUCACCCUUGUCAUUUGUCUGCUGACCAGAUAUUUCAACAAUGACUUCGUAAUUAACAGUCGGUGCUACAUAUGUGUGUACAUAUACAUAAGCAGCAUCAUGAAACUACGACAGGCCAAACGCAAAAGACGGCGAACUCAAGAAUAUACCAGCACUAAUGACCUCACCCAAAGCUAUGACCCUCCUUCCUAUGAAGAUGUUGUCCGAAGAAGUGCAGGUCCCCCUUUAUAUAACAUUACAACACCAGACACCGAAGAUGAGGCAAGCGGUGCCGGCGGUGGCGGCAGCAACGACAAACUAGUGAAUAACAGACGACUGCGAAAUAACAACGUCAACACAAAGAACAUCAACAUCUACAACAACACGCACAGCAAAAAUAAUGCAAACCACACUAAUAACAUGUCUUCCACUCAACCAAGAAACAAAUACGAGAACCUGGUUCAGUCGGGGAAUGACCACCAUGGUGAGGAAGAGCAACCGCUCAGAUCGAGCGGAGAUCAUGUUUACAGCUGUUCUGUUAUGAUAGAGUCCCCUGUUAGUUCAUCAAGGGCCAGAUAUAGUCAUCGCAUUAACAGCAGUAAUAGAAACAGCAGCUGUAGCAACAGCAGCAGCAGCAGUAAUAAUAUGAGUGACUCCAAUGAGUUCCUCUUGGAUACAAAUGGAGGAAGCAGAGGAGGGGCAGAUGUCUUGGCAUCUCGUUUAAGCAAUGGUGGCGAUGUGAACAGUGAUGAAAAGUUAAACGGUGCCGUUGGAUGUUCUCCUAUGGUUACCUCUAGUCCGGGUUUGUAUCCUGCGGCUGUAAUGCCUCCUGCCACAGAUUCAAGUAUCGCUCCUUCUACUGCCUCCAGUACUGCUGCUACCGCUGCCACUACUGCUGCUGCUGCUGCCGCCGCCGCACCGUCUGGUGCCGCUGUCGUCUUGAAUGGCACACAUAAUGAUAACUUUAAUCCUCGCAGGUCUUACCCCACUACUGCUGCCAUUGGAAACGACUCUGAGAGUUGUGACGAUGAUGAUGAUGAUAGCUUCUCUCAACAUGGUAACCUGCUCUCAAACAUAGAGAACUUUUGUUUUGCCGACAUGGAACCGUCGCCGAAACAUAGCACAAAGAAAUCCUCCAGCAAUAGGAACAGCAACAACUAUGAUAACAGUAACAAUAUAUUCUGUGAUUUAAAUUCUGUCAAUUUUAAUACAGACAAUAAUAAUAAAAGGGGGAGUGGUGAUAGUGUUUCAGGUGGCAGAAAUGGUAUUGAAGCAAAAACAUCACCUGGCAUUGCAAACGGCAUUGGCGAAAUGAAUGGAACCAAGAAUGAUAUUGUGACCCCCAGAACUAAUGAAGAAGGUGGUGGUGGUGGUGGUGGAGGAGGUAUGAUGAAGAUGCAUAGAAACAGGGCUGUGGAAGAGAGUGAACUUGUAACACCACAACCAGAAUCGGUUAGACUGCUGCAGUGAAUGAUAAAUCUCAUAGAUUAUAUUUUCUUUAAAAUGAAAAAUACAUAUUAAAAAAAAUGGGAAGAAUGUAGUGUGAAAGAGUGAAUGAUUAAAAGUGAGCAAGAAAGAAUGAAAACAAGUAAGAAAGAAUAAGAGAAUGAAAGAGAAAGACAGGCUAUGAAUGAAUUAAUAAUUUGCCAAAUUUCUUUUGCCCUCUUAUAUUCUCUUCUUCUGCUGUGACACAUUCUGGACAAUACCAUAAUUGGAAGAAUGGAGGAAGGAAUUUGUUAAAGAAGCAGAGUGUGUGUGCAUGUGCAAUGCAUUUUCUCUUUAUGUAUGUGCAUGCAUGUGCAGUUAUUCAUUCUGUGGAACACAUGCAUAUGCAUGUACAUACAUGCAUAUAAAUAUACAUGCCCAGAUACACACUCAUAUGCACACACAUAUACAUGCACACACACACACACACUCAUAUAUUCAUACAUGCAUGUGCUCACAUACACACACGCACACAAACAAAUACCUGCUAUCAUGUCAAAAAGGUUUAAUAUCAUCUCCUGGUCUUUGAGUGCCUUGAACAGGAUUUAUUUUGUCAAAAGCAAUCAGAUCAGAACCCUGUCCAUCCCUACCUAUGACGGUUAAUCUCACCAAUUCCAGCAAGGUCUGUAAAAGUGAUCAGUAUUGCCACUCCAUUCUUGACCUAUAUAUAUAUAUAUAUAUAUAUAUAUAUAUAUAUAUAGAUAGAUAGAUAGAUUCAUUGCUUAAUAUUAAACAACUGAAUGCCCAAUACAUAUUAUAGAGAUGGUUCUUUUAAAUUUUUUUUAUUAACACUGAAUCUGAGAGCUUGUCUCACAAGACAACCUUUCAGCUUCAGUUUUAAUAAAAAAAAAAAACUACACACACACAAAUACUCUUAUGUUAAAUAGCUUACAACAAAAAUUCUUCAUUUAUUAAAAUUAUCUUCACCUAAAUGAUGUAUUAUCAUUCCCAAAUGACAAUUAUGACCAGCCUCACCUGAGAAAGGAAUAUAUCCUCAAGAUUCAAAAAUUCUCCAAAACUGACAUGACUUUAAGGAAAAGAAUAGGUUUAUUGUAUGGAAAUAAGAGGAUAGUCAUGGACAUAUGUUUCUAGUCAAUAGCCUUUAUUAGCACAACAAUUGUCCAACCUUGUCUCCAGUACCCAAAGAAUAAGACUUGACUUAUACGAACAAAAAAAAAAA